AAAAGUUCAUGGUGUAGACUUGGCAAGGUAUCGGAGUGUGUGGACUGGCUGCCUCACUUGACUGGCCACCCACAGGGAGUGUUCAACUGUCACCUGUCACAGUCAACGGUGAAAGCCAUUGUCUCCGUGUAGCUUUAUAGGCAAGAUGGCGAAGGUCGUAUAUCAAGAAACCUUUGACAGUGUUGUAUUAGAGAAUGUAACAGAGUUUGACUCACCCCUUGAUGAAGCCAUAGAUGAAGCCAUAAAAGAGUUCGAAGCUCAGGGUGUGCAUCUUGGAAUCAUUGUAAAGAACAUGAGACUUAGUGAAGACAAGAAGACUAUCGUACAUGAUAUUCUCAUCGCUCUAGAGAAACUCCGUAAUGCAGCAGAUGGUUCUCCUGUGCUUGAAGACAUACAGGGGCCCCUAACCACUUUCUCUGCCCAGUGUAAAGUUUCCAUUGCUCAUCGUGUCAUGGCAAAUAACCACGGUGCUUAUGCAGUCCUCCUUAAACUUUUGAAAAAAGUUCAGAGAGACCCUGCUCUGCUGGGGCCAUCAUUGAAGGCCAUGGUGGCAAUGACAGAAUUGAAUCCAGAUAUUUUGACUGGAGAGGGAAUUCAGUUUUUGAUGGAGCUUAUUGAAGACUCAAAAUAUAGUGAUAAUCCUACAAUUCCAGAAUAUGUGGCUCGCUGGUCCACUGAAUGUUGUUUGAAGCAUGAAGUUAACAGACAGAAUCUUGUAGCAGCAGGAGCUCUCGGUUCUUUGGUAGCAUUAUUACAAGCUCAAAAGUCUAAUUCCCGAGUAGUGAAGGCAACAAGCAAGGCUCUCAGAGCAUACACACUUGAUGAUGACAUUAGACAAGCAUUUGGUAAGGCCCACGAACAUGCAAGACUGCUGGCUGAGGAACAUGGGCUCAUUGCAAUUAGUCUAGACAUGAUUAAGGACUGGCUUCAGGAUAGUGACACAGCAAGUGAGUUACUUUCCACUGUCGGUAAACUGUGUGUGCGAGCUGAGUAUUGUCAAGAAAUUGUGGAUCACGGAGCGCUGCAUGUCAUCAACAAUGUCUUCGUUUCAUUUCCUGAUCAUCCUGCUAUAAAUAAACAGGCAAUGUCACUCUUGAAGGCAAUGGUGGGCAAUGACAAGGUGAAGACCGAGGCAAUGAAGUCUGGUGUCAGCCAGCUGAUCAUUGCUGCCAUUAUAAAACAUCAGGCUGUAGUAGGUGUCUGCGAAGAGGGAUUUGGUGCUCUCUCCAUGUUGGCUUUGAGGGUCCCUGCUCAUGCUAAACAGAUCAUCCAGGCUGGAGGUGGACAGGCCAUCAUACAAGCCAUGAAAAUUCAUUACAAUAACAUGCAACUGCAGAAACUGGGUUGCAUGGCUAUACGAAACAUUGGGUGCCGUGUACCAGAGAAUCGACAGCUCUUUAUUGAAUAUGGGGUGGAGGAAGUGAUCAACUCAGCUCUUCAGAAUCAUGGAGAGCCAAUAAAGGAUGUGGCUAAGGCAGCACUUAGGGACCUGGACCUUAAAGUAGACUUUGUGGAGCAAUGGAGGGGUACUGGACAUGAAAUCUGCCGAUAAACACUCACUAGCUGAUGGUAGCCGCAGGAAUCUCUUGCACAUUACAGUACAUACUUGACAAUUGUCACUAUUUUUUUUCUUUGGUUUUUCUUUUUUCCGGUGAAGGAGGAUUUCUUGAAAUUAUUUUCUAAUGACUCUCUCACAGACUGAAAGACCAGGGGGUCCUUGUUUACUCUGCACACUCACCUUACCUUUGCUCACUGCUGUGUGCCAGAACAGAUUAUAGUUGUUCAUUCCACAAGACCUCACGUCUAAUCUGUUGCAAUAUAAACUAGAAAAAGAUUAUGUAUAAUACAUAUAUCAUCUAAAAUACUGUAGUCUGUCUAUAAUAAGAUUGAGUAAAAACUGUGUGAAUAAAAAUAUAUCUAUCAAUAAA